UGCAAGGUCGAGCAAGGAGCUGAAUGAGACGGUGAAAUGGUGACCAACAGAUUCAUGCUUAAGAUACUCAGAUGGCUAAUCUACAGUCCGAUUGGAAUAAAGAUGGUGAAUCAAAUUUUGACCAUCUCGAUAUGCCUUAUCCAUCAACGAACAAUAAUACUCGUUGACUACGAGAGAAUCUCGGUGGUCGUCUCUCUGUCAAACCUAAAGUGUUCGCGGGAAACGCUCCGACUCUGAGGCUGGGGGUUAUGAGCCUUGUCAAAUCGAGAACCAAGCCAGUCGCCGGCAAACCGUAGAAAAUGGAAUAUUUCGCUCUCCCCAUCCGUUACCAACCAAAAGCAAAAUCACAACCACAACAAUGCCAGAUAUUCCACCUCUCAGAUCCAACUCCGGCAGAAAACCCGUCGACCGGCCCAAUUUCCCGACGAGAACUAGAACCAUUAGCACCAAAAGUGGUGGUGAAGAGAACAGAAAUCCAUCGUCAUCUAAAACUACUCCGAUUCCUUCAGGAAUAAAAAAGAAGCCUCAAGAGAAGACCCUCAUUGUUAAUCCCGUCAUAAAUUUGCAGCGCCACCGGAAUUCCAAUCCCGACGUCAUCAAAACCGUCGAGAAAUUGAAAACGAAGAAGACGUCAUCAGUUUCCCCCUCGGCUUGGGCAUUGUCUACUGGUAGAACAUCUUCCACCAUUCCAGUGCCGAAAAAAUUGCCGGAUUUAACCGCUAAAACGAAGUUGAAAUCGCCGGAUUUAACCGAUAAAACGAAGCCGAAAUCGAGAAGUGUCCGCAGCGUUUUGAAUUCUUUCCGGCAGAAGAAAUCGUCACCGAUCCAAGAGGAAGCGUUUCAUCAGUUACGUAUAAUGCAUUCGAGGUUAUUGCAAUGGAAAUUUGUGAACGCUCGAACUGAAUCCACUUUAGCUGCGAAGAAGAAUUUUGCAGAGGAGAAAAUAUUAAAGGUUUGGUCAAGGAAUUUUCAUUUGAGGAAUUCAAAUGCAGAAAAGCGGCUUCAGAUUCAACAACUCAAAAAUGAGAUUAAGAUAAAUAGAAUUUUUAACCCUCAAAUUUUCAUUCUUAAUCAAUGGGAAAAUAUUGAGAAGAAACAUUCAGAAGCAGUGGGAAGAAUUGGGAGAAAAUUAUUGGCAUUGGCAACCGCACUACCAUUGAUAGAUGCUGCCAAGGCUGAUACAGAAUCAGUUCAAAAUGCAAUGUUGGCAGCCAUGGGUGUCAUGGAUAGUAUUGAAGCAACGAUUACCAGAUUCAUCUCGCAGGUUGGAUUUGUAUGAUUUUCUCAUCAUAUGUCAUCUAGAAUUAAGAGGACAACCUUCUUAUUUCCCAAGAAAAAAUCUCACUUUUAUUUUCUUUGGGAGAGGGUUCCUAAAAGGCAGCAUGGCCCUGCACCAGCCAGGGCCAAUGGGAAUACACGAAAGCGACAGUGAUGGAAUUUCUGCCUUUCAUUGGAGGUAGGGCAAUGAUUUUGGACGGCCCUGUGUCUUGGGGUUGGGUCUCGCUGCCUUUUAGGUGUCUUUUCCCUAUUUUGUUUUAACAGGUUCAAGAAAUAGGUUCAUUUGCUUACAAGCUUGUCAAUACUGUGGAACAAGAGAGAAAAGGAUUAGAGGAAUUGAGGAAGGGAAUAGCCAUUGUUGCAUCACUUGAGGGAGCCAUUUAAUAAUUCAAAUUAUCACAGAUGUACCCAAAUCCACUUCCAUUAGUCACAUGAGACAAGCCUGGGGCACAGAUCAUUCAAGCAGGAAAGGAGAGUGGAAGUUAAAUUAUUUUUGAUCUUCCAAUCAAAUUGAGCACCAUUAAAGAGAAGUCGAUUCAUCAGCUAAGGCAUUGGAAGGGGCACUCCUUGGGUUAUACUUGUCAAGUGUACAGUAAAAAGACACGUGGGACAGAAAUCUUGGGUAACUAGGGGUUUGUGAAGAGAUUGAAUCUUCUGCAUGUACAUUCAUUUGGACAUACAUGUGAAGAUCCAACACUUGUUCCAUUUCUUGUUAUACAAGUGUUGGAUCCUCACAUGUAUAUUUAAAGUGCAAAGGAUCCAUUUUCCUUUGUGAACUGGUCUUUGCACCAUUGUAUCAGCCAUUUUGUUUCCCUCCCAUGAGAUUAGAGAUCUUUGGCAGAUCAAAGACACAGAUCAGUUGAGAUUGAAUUUAUUUUUUCAUGUUUGUGGAACCAAGGAGCAUCUAAUUAUCUUUGUAGAAGAGCAACAAAUGCAAAAAUAUUUCCAGAAUACAGAAAAGUGAG